GAUAUGCAUUCCAAAUUCGGUUUCUGAGCAGUAAACAUCUUUCAACAUUUUAGAUUUUAAAAAUAUAACAAUUUUUUAUUUGUUUCUUUUGGCUAUUUUAAGAUUUAAGACUUUGACUAAGAGAUACGUAUACGUAUAGUAAUUUUUAAAGGAAAGUGUGCAAGAUGUCAAAAACCUAUUCAGUUCAGGCGGACAAUGUUUGUUUUACCAAACACCACCAGGGCCAAUGGUCACGCUUCCAAAUCUUGGCCUGGAUCAGCUAUGAAUUAAACACACAUCUAUACAAAGUCGAAGAUCUUGGCACUGGCGCUGCUUAUUGCUGCCUUAUGGACAAGCUUUUCCCCGGAACCAUAGAUAUGCUCAAAGUUAAAUGCCUAUCCAACCAGGAGUACGAAUUCUUGGCCAACUUUCGACUUGUACAGAAUGCCUUUGACCAGGUCAAGGUGGCAGCACAGAUACCGAUGGCCCAACUGGCAAAAAGACGCCUGAGCGAUAAUCUGGAGUUUGCCUGUUUUUUUAGGCGGCUCUACAUAAGAAACUAUGAGAAGCUUAUCCGACAGGGCUACGAUCCUGUGGCUGCCCGCGGCAACCAGUUCAUCGGGUUGGGUUCUUACCGAUCUCCUACAAGGAGCCAGGUUCAGGCUAUGCAGUUUCAUCGAAGGGAUGUCAGGGUCUCCACUAAUUGGGAUAUAGUUCCGCGCAAGCUGAAAGAAGAGGUUUCAUCUAAGAACGGUGAAGGUGACCAGCUCUGUGUGGAAGGAUAAAGACUUUCUUAUUAGGCAAAAUAAGUAGUGUAAUAAAAAUUGUCAAACAUCUUCUUAAAAAACUGUAUUAAGUAAAUUUUAAAAUGAUA